GACUUCACUUGGGAUGCAUGACUUGGGUCCUGGGAUGUUGGAAGAAGGCUGUUCAGAUUUGGGAUAAUUUCCGAUAAACAGCGCUCGUGAAGCUUGAAACCUUGAAGUUGAAGCCUGUGGAGGUGCUGGAUCUUCCUUUGAAUCAUCUGAUCUCAAGGGGCUCCACAAGGAGCAGCUUUGAAGUACGAUUCUAUUCCUGAGGACGAGCAAUUUCAGCAAGUUAUAGUGUCAUUGGUGCUCGCUCAUUCACCAUCGCUCAGCCACGAUGGCGGACGUGAUGGCACCGCCGACGCCACCCCAUGAGGUGGCCGCAAAAGACGAUAUCACUCUGGAUAUUGAUUGGAGCCAAGUGAACCUUGAUGAGAUCCAGCUGCCACCAGGGGACGACCUGGGCAUUCACAGUGAUGAGGAGGAGGACGACGAGCCGGAUCUGGAGACGGAGUCCGGGUUUGGGAACAUCAUCGUGGUGGACAAUCUGCCGGAGGUGCCCCCCGAGAAGUACGAGAAGCUGGUGGGGGUCAUCCGCAAGAUUUUUGCGCGGACGGGCACCAUCCGCGAGAACGGCCUCUGGAUGCCGGUCGAUGAGGAGACGAAGCAGUCCAAGGGUUACGCGUUCAUCGAGUACAACACGCCGCAGGAGGCUGACGUGACCAAGGAGCAGACGGACGAGUACAAGCUGGACAAGAACCACGUGUUCAAGGUCACCAAGUUCGACGACUUUGACAAGUACUCCAAGGUGCCUGACCAGUACGUGGCGCCUGAGAAGAAGCCCUACCAGACAAAGGAGGAUUUGCUGUGGUGGUUGCAAGACGAACGGGCGCGGGACCAGUUCGUGAUCCGAUAUGCAGCAGAAACGGAGGUGUACUGGAAUGAUGCACGGCUAGGAAAGCCGGACCUUGUGUACCACCGACCUGUAUGGACGGAGAGCUUUGUCCAGUGGUCGCCUCUUGGCAGCUACAUCGCAACAGUGCAUCGACCAGGAGCGGCCAUCUGGGGAGGGGAGAGCUGGGGCAGGCUUGCGCGGUUUGCACAUCCACAGGUGCGCUUGCUGGACUUCAGCCCCGGCGAGAAGUACCUGGUGACGUACAGCAGCCAGGAGCCGGCCAACCCGCGCGACACGCAGAAGGUGACGCUGUCCAUCUGGGACAUCCGCAGCGGCAAGAAGCUGCGCGAGAUCGCGGGGAACGCCAACGACUUUGCGGUGGGGGGCGCGGCGGGCGUGGCGGGCAUCCAGUGGCCCAUCUUCCACUGGGCGGGGGGCAAGGAGGACAAGUACUUUGCGCGGCUGGGCAAGAACGCGAUUAGCGUCUACGACACCAAGGACAUGGGCCUGUUGGACAAGAAGUCGGUGAAGGCGGAGGGCGUGGCGAGCUUCAGCUGGUCCCCCCUGGAGCCGCUGCUGGCGCUCUACACCCCCGAGACGCAGUCCGGCAACAACCCCGCGCGCGUCUCGCUCGUCGCCAUUCCCUCCCGUGUUGAACUGCGCCAAAAGAACCUCUUCAGUGUGAGCGAGUGCAAGAUGUACUGGCACCCCGCGGGCGAGUAUCUGGCCGUCAAGGUGGACCGCUACACCAAGACCAAGAAGAGCACCUACCCCGGCUUCGAGCUGUUCCGCAUCAAGGAGCGGGACAUCCCCAUCGAGGUUCUGGAGAUUGAGAACAAGAACGAGAAGGUGGUUGCCUUCGCGUGGGAGCCCAAGGGGCACCGCUUUGCGCUGAUCCACGGGGAGGGCCCCCGCCCUGACGUCAGCUUCUACAGCAUGAAGUCCAAGACGGGGCAGGACAAGCUGACGCUGCUCACCACGCUCAAGGCCAAGCAGGCCAACGCGCUCUACUGGUCGCCGCAGGGCAAGUUCAUCGUGCUGGCGGGGCUGAAGGCCAUCAACGGUCAGCUCGAGUUCUUCAACGUGGACGAGCUGGAGACCAUGGCCACCGGCGAGCACUACAUGGCCACCGACGUCGACUGGGACCCCACCGGCAGGUUCGUGGCGACGAGCGUGACAGCGGUGCAGCCGAUGGAGAACGGGUUCCAGGUGUGGUCCUUCCAGGGGAAGCUCCUCUACCGCGUCACCCGCGACCGCUUCUUCCAGUUUUUGUGGCGGCCCCGGCCAGCGAGCCUGCUGGACGCAUCGACGGAGGCGGAGAUUUUGAAGAACUUGAAGGACCUAAGCAAGAAGUACCUGGAGGAGGACGAGGCCGCGGAGCAGGGCCAGAACAAGGAGCUACUAGAAAAGCGGCGCCAGCUCAUGGACGAGUUCAAGGCGCGACAAGAGCACUGGCACAAGUUUUACGAGGAGGAGCGCGAGCUGCGGCGGUCGCUGCGCGACGGCGACGAGAGCGACGACGAGGAGGACUACGAGUACGAGGAGGUCGAGGUGGAGGAGGUCAUCGCCGUCACGGAAGAGAUUGUUGGGUAGACAGCCGCGCCGCAGCGGAAGCGAGGGUUACAAUGUGUUCAAACAUGUAGGUCCUAAAGAGCGUACGCAAUGCUGUCAUGUAAUUCGGUGUUGUGGAGAAGACGGGGAGGCCCGGCGUCUUGCGUCUCUGAGAUGCACGUCUUUCCUCAAUCGCUUCAACUCUGGCACGGAGGAUUUUUUCUGCGUCAGUGUCUCCGCAGUUACUGAAUGCAGGGCCUCCAGCAAGACAUGGCAUCGGUUGUGAAGUUUCAUGAUGGAAGGACGGCCUGCUUGUGGGCAUGAUGACGUAGCCGUU